AUGUCGCGCGCGUUCGAUCUCACCGCGCCGCCGCCGCCGCGUCCGAGGCGCGCGCGCGCGGACGCGGACGUGGACGCGGCGGCGGUGACGCUGGAGCUCGACGCGCGAUGGGCGGCGAUGUUCGCGGCGACGGCGCGACGACGGGCGGCGCGACGGGCGGGCGCGGACGACGGACGCGCGCGCGCGGUGGGCGGACGCGCGCGGACGCGCGAGUGGGUCGAGCGGGAGGGGGCGGCGGGGAGGGGGCGAACGGACGCGCGCGGGCGGACGGAGGCGUACGGCGCGGCGGGCGUCGUCGAGGUGGCGCGGGCGGAGGCGGCGAUGAACGCGGCGUUCGACGCGUGGUUGGACGCGAACGAGGCGAGGUGGUUUCCGUGCGAGACGUGA